AUGUCUUUAACAAAUUGCCGAUUCUACGAGGAGAAGUACCCUGAGGUGGACAGCUAUGUCAUGGUCAAUGUCAAGCAGAUUGCCGAGAUGGGCGCAUACGUGAAGUUGUUGGAAUACGACAACAUCGACGGCAUGAUUCUGCUCUCCGAAUUGUCGCGCAGACGUAUUCGUAGUAUUCAGAAGUUGAUUCGCAUUGGCCGCAAUGAAGUUGUCAUUGUUCUGCGUGUUGACAAGGAGAAGGGUUACAUCGAUCUUUCUAAGCGUCGAGUCUCACCUGAGGACGUUGUGAAGUGUGAGGAGCGCUACAACAAGAGCAAGGCUGUGCACUCCAUUAUGCGUCACGUCGCCGAGGCCACCCAGACUCCCUUGGAGACCCUCUACCAGCAGAUCGCUUGGCCUUUGAAUCGGAAAUACGGACACUCUCACGACGCCUUCAAGAUCUCAAUCACUAACCCCGAUGUUUGGAACGAGAUCGAAUUCCCCAACGACGUUGUGAAGAAGGAGCUGCAGCAGUACAUCAGCAAGAAGCUGACUCCUCACCCUACCAAAGUCCGUGCCGACAUUGAGGUGACCUGCUUCGGCUACGAAGGAAUCGACGCUGUGAAGGAGGCCCUGCGCACCGCUGAGGCCAACAACACCCCUGAGAACCAGAUCAAGGUCAAGCUGGUCGCGCCUCCUCUCUACGUCCUGACCAACCAGUCCUUGGACAAGAACCAGGGUAUUCAGAUGCUGGAGGUCGCGAUUGAGAACAUUGCCGCCAAGAUCAAGGAAGCUGGUGGUAAUUGCACCGUGAAGAUGGCGCCCAAGGCUGUCACCGAGCAGGAUGAUGCCAUGCUGCAGGAGCUUAUGGACAAGCGCGAGCGGGAGAACAUGGAGGUCAGCGGCGACGAGAGCGCGUCUGAGAGCGACGAGGGUGUUCCCGCGGCGUAA